AUGCCUCCGUAUGUCGCCCGCAAUGCUCUCUUACGGACCUCACAGGCGCUCUUGCAUCUGUCAAGGCCGGCAUUUCGAUUCACUCACACGCAGCGCAGGACUUUGCCCGAUUUCUCGCUUGAAGGCAAGGUGGCUGUUGUAACCGGUGCUUCUCAAGGCCUUGGUCAACAGAUUCUUGCCGCCUUCGCCCUUUCGGGCGCCCAUGGAGCGAUUGUAGAUCUUGAUCAAGAAGGCGCCGACAAAUCUGCCAAGGCCCUCAUCGAGGAAGCUAAAACUCACGGCCUACCGCCACCAAAAGUACAUGGCUACGAGUGCGACACUUCUUCUGAAGAAGGUGUUAAAUCGACUUGGGACAAGAUCGUCAAAGACUUCGGCACCGUCGACAUCCUCGUCACCAAUGCCGGGAUCACUGGCGGCGCACCGGCAGAAGACUACCCUUUCGAAGACUUCAAGCGCAUGAUUGACGUCAAUCUGACCGGAACCUUCCUCUUCUCUCGUACAGCAGGGAAGUGGUGGAUCGAGAACAAAGUUGACGGCCGCAUAUUGAUUAUCUCGUCAAUGUCUGGUUCUAUAGUCAACCGUCCGCAAAAGCAGUCUGCAUACAACGCUUCGAAGGCCGCAUCCGCGCACCUCAUGAAAUCUCUAGCGUCGGAAUGGGCGCCGCACAAUAUACGCGUCAAUGCGCUAAGCCCGGGGUACAUCCAGACUGAGGCUAACGAGGGUGAAGAGAUGGAGAAGUUGAGUAAAGAGUGGUUGAAGGAUAUCCCGAUGAAGAGGAUCGCUAAGCCAGAGGAGUUUCGCGGUGCGGCAGUUUGGUUGGUCAGUGAUGCUAGCAGCUAUGUUACGGGCAGCGAGAUCAUAGUAGAUGGUGGAUAUACCAUUUGGUGA